GAAGGCAUCCCACUGUGAUUAUCCCGGAAACGCCGCGCGGGUUGCGUGAGGCUCCGUCCGGCUCUGCGGACUGAAGGAGAGAAAGCUGGCUGGACACACCCCCUGCCCUGGCUGAUCAAGCCAUAUGAACCAGCAGCAAGGCCACUGCAGCCCCAGCAGGGAGGGUAAAGAGAGAAGAGCCCCCGCUGGCUGAACGCCUGCCCUCGCCACCCCCCGUGUGGGAGUUACAGCAGCACUCACAACAGUUUCCAAGACUGUCCGAUGCUCCCUAUGCAGCAACACAUGAAAUGAAUAAAGCACCACAGCCUCUAACAGGACCCCCAACCGCCCCUCACCCUGCCCCAUCUCCUGGACUCUCACAGCCCACGUUUCCACCUGGUCAGCCAGCCCCCGUAGUCUUCGCCACCCCACAGCCGCCACAAAUGAACACGCCGCCACAGCCUCGGCAGUUUGCAGCAGUUCCUCGUGCUUUACACCAGCAGGGAGGAUUCAGAUCUCUGCAGCAGUACUAUGCGAACAGGCCGCAGCCGCCGAGCAGCACUAGCAGAGUGCAGGCCAGCACUGCGCCCCGGCCCGUGGCCCCCACACAUGUCUACCAGCCCAGCUCCCAGAUGAUGAUGAUCCCGCAGCAGCUCCCCUUCCCUGCCUCACAGGGCCCCUAUUACAUCCAAGGAGGACAGUACCGAAAUACAUACGUAGCGCCGACCCAACAGUAUCCUGUUCCCACCGGGACCCCCAGCUUUUACCCAGGAACCAGCCCUGCAGAAUAUGGUACUUACGCUGGCGCCUAUUACCCAGCGCAGGGUGUGCAGCAGUACCCCCCCGCCGUCCCCACUCCUACCGUUAUGAUGAACCCUGCUCAGCAAAUACCUCAGAAAAGAGAGCGCAAGCAGGUACUGCAAACAAAGAUUAGAAUAAGAGACCCUAACCAAGGGGGUAGAGAUAUCACAGAGGAAAUCAUGUCUGGGGGCAGGACAGCCUCCACUCCCACCCCUCCACAGUCUACAGGUCCAGCGGAAAGCAGCACAGCGCAAGCAAAUGGAGAAAACCCACACCCUGUCACGGUGGUCAUCAGACCAGAUGACCGACAGAAGCCUGCUUCUGCUACAGUUAAGCUGACCCGGGAGCCAGAUAAGACAGAGACCACACUUACAGCAGUAUCUCCCCCUGCUGCUGAGACUGAAAUGGACACUAAGCCAACCCCUUCUGAAAAAGGUGCAGAACCCGAAGGGGAGGCCCCAGCCAACACUACUACCACAUCCCUGCCAUCGGCCAUCCUCCGUGACAGUGUGGAGACUCUGACAGCCCCCACCCCACCGCUCACGAACGCUGCACCCCGGGAGCAGGCAGCAGAGGAGGCUGUUGCUGUCCCCGCACUCCCUCCUGCAGCAGUGGAGCAGCCUGUCGCUGUGGAGGCACCCUUGCCAGUGGCAGCAGAGAUAAGAACGGAGGAGCCUGCACCCAAGAGGGAGGAGGAGGUAGAGCAGGAGGUGGUGGUGUCACCGUUUGAGCAGGAGGUUGUUCUGGCUGUCGUCUCUGUGCCUGUCGAGGCCGGUAUGCCUACGAAAGAGCUUCCGACUGAAACCAACGGCGUGAAGCCGGAGCCUGCCCCUGAGCUGGCCCCAACUCAGGAGCCCCUGCCCCCCGCGCAACCUCAGCCCUCGCCGGCACAUGCCUCUUGCGAGGCCCCCCUGGAGUCUCCCAUCGCCCAGCCGGAGGAACUCGACCUUCCCAACGGGUUGGCAGGCCUCAGCAAACAGGACCCAGAGCCAUCCGAAGAGCAGCCCGAAUCGGACGUCAGCCCCAUCACAGAGCCAGAGGUGGCCAAGACACAGGAAGCCCCUGUCUCCGUGCCAGAACCCUGCCUGGCCCCUGUACCCACCACCACUACCCAGACCACUGUGGAGGAGGAGGAGGAGGAGGAGGAAGAGGAGGAAGAGACCAGCCUCACACAGAGCGAGCCUCAGCCAACCGCUGCCAGCGCUGUGCAGGGUGGAGAGAAUGCUAUGCAAGCUGCUGCUGUGUCGAUACCAAAGAAAAAGAGGAAAAUGAAGGAUCUCAACAAAAAGGAGACGGUGGGAGACCUGUUGGAUGCCUUCAAAGAGUCACAGGUCUCGGAGCCGGAGCAAGCCCAGCCAGCUGCUCCCAUCUCAGCAGAGCCAGAGGCAGUGCGUCCCCCGGCCCCGGAGGAGACAGAUGAGACCUGGGAGGAGAAGGAGGACAAGCUGGACACGGAGAACAUUGAGCCGGACCAGCUGAAACCUGGAGACCUGAAAUACAAGUACAAAGAAGAACAAUGGAAACCCAUCAACCCCGAGGAGAAGAAGCAAUACGACCGGGAGUUUCUGCUGGGCUUCCAGUUCAUCGUCGCCAGCAUGCAGAAACCAGAGGGGCUGCCGCACAUCAGUGAUGUGGUGCUGGACAAGGCUAACAAGAACCCCCUGCGGGCACUGGACCCCAGCCGGCUAACUAGUAUGAACGCUGGACCGGACUUCACUCCCUCCUACGCCAAUCUGGGCAGGCAGCCCAUGGGAGGCAGGGGCCCGCCCUCUGGAAUGGGGCCCCGCCGAUCCCAGCAGGGCCAGAGGAAGGAGCCACGGAAGAUCAUCGCCACGGUGUCGCUCGGCGAGGAUGUGCAGCUCAACAAGGCGGAGAAGGCCUGGAAACCCGGUGCCAAGAGGCCACCCAGCAAGGAAGAGGAAGACUCCUCCUCUGACAACAGCAAGACACAGGAGUUGUUCCGCAGGGUGCGUGGUAUCCUGAACAAGCUCACCCCUCAGAUGUUCCAGCAGCUGAUGAAGCAAGUGACUGAGCUGACCAUCGACACAGAGGAGAGGCUCAAGGGGGUCAUCGACCUCAUCUUUGAGAAGGCCAUCUCCGAGCCAAACUUCUCCGUAGCCUAUGCCAACAUGUGCCGCUGCCUUAUGGGGCUCAAAGUCUCCACGACCGACAAGCCAGGAGUGACUGUGAAUUUCCGCAAGCUGCUGCUGAACCGCUGCCAGAAGGAGUUUGAGAAGGACAAGGACGACGACGAGGUGUUUGAGAAGAAACAGAAAGAGCUGGAUGCAGCUGCAUUGGAUGAUGAAAAGCAGCGGCUCCGUGAGGAGCUGGAGGAGGCGAAGGACACGGCGCGCCGGCGCUCCCUGGGAAACAUCAAGUUCAUCGGGGAGCUGUUCAAGCUCAAGAUGCUGACGGAGCCCAUCAUGCACGACUGCAUCGUCAAGCUGCUCAAGAACCACGACGAGGAGUCCCUGGAGUGCCUGUGCCGGCUGCUGUCCACCAUCGGCAAGGACCUGGACUUUGAGAAGGCCAAGCCCCGAAUGGACCAGUAUUUCAACCAGAUGGAGAAGAUCAUCAAGGAGAAGAAAACUUCUUCCAGAAUCCGCUUCAUGUUGCAGGAUGUUAUCGACUUGAGGAGGAACACCUGGGUCCCCAGGAGAGGCGAUCAGGGCCCCAAGACCAUCGACCAGAUCCACAAGGAGGCAGAGUUAGAGGAGCAUCGUGAGCAGAUCAAGGUCCAGCAGCAGCUUCUGUCCAAGAAGGACAGCAGAAGAGGAGGUGGCGGUGGCGGGCAGGGCGGAGUGCACCCCUCAGCGGGUCGACCCAGCCAGCCCCAAGAUGAAGGCUGGAACACUGUGCCCAUCAGCACCAAGAACAGACCCAUCGACACCAGCCGACUCAGCAAGAUCACCAAGCCCGGAGCCCUGGAUUUCAAUAACCAGCUGCUGGCACCAGGGGGCAGGCUGAUGAGCUGGGGGAAAGGCAGCAGUGGAGGGUCCAAUGCCAAACCUAAUGAACAGGCUCCAGAGUCUGGCAGACCUGCAACAAGCACCUUGAAUAGGUUCUCUGCCCUACAACAGGCCUCCUCCUCCUCUACCACCACAUCCACGGUCGCAGACAGUGACGCCAGGAGAGUGGUUCAGAGGACCAGUUCAAGCCGAGAGCGCAGCGACAAAGGAGAGCGCUACGAGCGCUACGAGAGGGACCGAUUCGAGAGGCAGCAGGACCGAGCAGACAAGAACCGCCCGUCUGUCACCAAGAGGAGCUACAGCAAGGAGACGGACGACCGCAGCCGGGAGAGAGAACACCGCGGCCCCCAGGACCCCGUCCGCAAGGUGGCCAGCAUGACUGAGGACAGGGAGCGCAGGGGGAGCAGGGAGAGGGAUCACAGCAAGGAGACGGUUAAACGAGAGCCAACCGCUGCCCCGGCACCCACCCCCGCUAAGCCGGCCCUCACUGAGGACGAAUUUGACAAGAAAUCUAAAGCCAUUAUUGAGGAGUACCUGCACAUCAACGAUAUGAAGGAAGCCCUGCAGUGUGUCCAGGAGAUGAACUCGGUGACUCUGCUCUUUGUGUUUGUGCGGAACGGGAUUGAGUCGACGCUGGAGAGGAGUAUGAUAGCCAGGGAACACAUGGGCCUGCUGCUCCACCAGCUGGUCAAGGCUGGCACCCUAUCCAGAGAGCAGUAUUACAAGGGUCUGCUGGAGAUCCUGGAGAUUGCAGAGGACAUGGAGAUCGAUAUUCCGCACAUCUGGCUGUACCUGGCCGAGCUCAUCGCCCCCAUGCUUCACGAGGGGGGCAUCCCAAUGGAGGAGCUGUUCAAGGAAGUGUCCAAGCCACUAGUACCACUGGGGAAAGCUGGCCUCUUGUUAGUAGAAAUCUUGUCCAUACUGUGCAAAGGAAUGAGCCACAAGAAAGCAGGAGCCCUGUGGAGGGAGGCGGGGCUGAGCUGGAAGGACUUCCUCCCCGAGGAUGAGGAUGUCAACAAGUUUGUCAUGGAGAAGAAAGUGGAAUUUACCUUGGGAGAUGACUCUGAGAAAACAAGCAAAAAGGAGCUGUCUUCAGAAGAGCUUUGCAGGCAACUGGACAAGCUACUGAAGGAGAAGGCGGACAACCAAAGAAUCUACGACUGGGUGGAGGCCAAUCUGGAUGAGCAGCAGGUCACAUCCAACACUGUAAUUCGGGCAAUAAUGACUUCAGUCUGCCAGUCUGCAAUUAUCUUUGAGAACCCAUGCCGCGUGGACACCAAGCUGAUCGUGGCGAGAUCAAAAGUCCUGCAGAAGUACCUCAUAGAUGAACAGAAAGAGCUGCAAGCACUCUACGCGUUGCAGGCCUUGCUGGUCAAAUUAGAACAGCCACCAAACUUGCUGAGGAUGUUCUUCGACGCGCUGUACGAUGAGGAUGUGAUCAAAGAGGAGGCCUUUUACAAAUGGGAGUUGAGCAAGGACCCUGCUGAGCUACAAGGCAAAGGUGUGGCCCUGAAAUCCGUCACCGCCUUCUUCACCUGGCUACGGGAGGCAGAGGACGAGUCAGACAAUUAAACAAGGACUGUUUCUAUACAUGGCUUGCAUUAGAUAUUGAUGAAGCGAUUCUUCCACAGGAGAAUGGGAGUUGGAGCCCUUUGAGUGUGCGAUUUUGAAUUUUUGUUUUCUGACGAAAAAUGUCUAACAAAUAAAAUGAAAUAAAAAAACUGUGGGAGUUCAAUUCCUCAGUAUUCGAAGUUUUAUCUUUUUCUAUUUUAACCCUCUACAGUUCAUGUUUGAUAAAAUUCAGAAGAGAAACAAAUGAAACUUUAAAGGCUGCUGUUUCAAACAUACAUUUAAAGUGAUGCUCUAAUCAAAAUGAAAGGUAGUUUUUUUUUUUGUUAUUUUUUUUUUUUAGAUGUAGGAUGAUUUUGGAGGUUUUUUUUUGUUUUUUUUGUUUUUUACAUAAAAUGCAAAAAAAGGGGACAGUUGAAUCCUAGCCAUUUGAAAACUGAAGUGAAAUUUCCUGUGUGAGGGUUGGGGGUGUGGGCUGGAUCUCUCUGUGCAGCCUGCUCCUUCCCUCCUCACCCACUCCCCUGCUUUUUUUUAAUUCUCUCCUACACUUAAAGGUGUAUCAAAGCCUUGAACAAUCCUGUAGCGGAUUUUAAAAAUCAUUCUUAAAAACUUGAACAGAAUAUAGAAAUCAUCUUUAAAACAAAGAACAGUACAAACCGUAUUCCAUUUCUAUUACUGCUAGUAGGAAGAUGUUUUCGGACAGUCCUGUAAAUAUAGAAGUUCUUUUAGUUUUCUUUUUUGUUUUUCAAAACUAAUGUAAUGCCAUGUCAUUUUUUUUUUUUUUUUUUUGAGCUGCGUUUUUGUUUUCCUGACUAACUCGUCGGAUUCUCCUGUAUUUAUAGCGCUUUCCUGAGUUACCAGAAGGUGCUUGUAAUUAUCCACCAGAAUUCAUUGAUUACAAUUUAAAUGAAAUUUGUAAAUACUUUUUUGCUUUCUUAAGUAUUUAAUUAAAAGAUUAAUGCCUCUUUUCACGUCAAACUGGAAAAGACAAAAUAAAGACAAUUGCAAAUAAAGACUA